AUGGAACCAAAUAUACAACGCGGAAUACUCCGUGCUGCAUUUGGCAUAGCUUUCCUGAUUUUAAUAGCUUAUACUAUUGUGAUUUAUACAAACAGUAAAGGCGUGAAUAUACUGAAAUUGACAUCUAACAAACCCAAGUUUUGCCCGAAAUGUAAUGACAAAGAAAAACCUACUAAUGCAAGGCAGACUGUUAAAUCAAGCCAAACAAGUCACGUGCCAAAAGACCCCAAGGUUCACAUUGAAAAUGUAAAGAAGAAACAGCAGAUCAUUGAAAAGAAUAUUAAAUCGUCUCAGACCAAUAAUGUACCAAAAGACCCCAAAGUUCGCAUUGAAAAUGUAAAGAAGAAACAGCAGAUCAUUGAAAAGAAUAUUAAAUCGUCUCAGACCAAUAAUGCACCUACAGAUCCGAAGAGUCACAUGGAUAGUUCGAAUGAGAAAAAAACGCCACACGCCAAUAUUGUGAAAUCUACUGAGGCCAUUAAUUCACAAAACGACCCCAAGAUUGACAUGAAAAAUGAGAACAAAGAAACAUCAACCAAUGCAAAGAAUAUUAAAUCGACCCAGACCAAUAAUGUAAGCAUACACCAUGAACAUAAUCUUUAG